AUGAACACUCAUGCAUACCAUAAGGAUCUGCUGACGAGAUUGGGGCGCAAGAUGGCCGAGUUCCCUCUGGAGCCGCAGCUGUCCAAGAUGCUCAUCACUAGUGUGGAGCUUGGGUGCGCUGAGGAGAUCCUGACGAUCGUGGCCAUGCUUUCGGUGGAGAACCCCUUCUACAGGCCCAAGGAGAAGCAGGCGCAGGCCGACAUGAAGAAGGCCAAGUUCUUCCAGCCAGAGGGCGAUCACUUAACCCUUCUAGCGGUGUACGAGGCAUGGAAGACGAGCAAGUUCAGCAACCCGUGGUGCUACGAGAACUUCGUGCAGGCCCGCUCGAUGCGGCGCUCGCAGGACGUUCGGAAGCAGCUCGUAUCCAUCAUGGACCGUUACAAGAUGGACAUCCUGACGGCCGGGCGCAACUACAACAAGGUGCGGCGUGCCAUCGUGUCCGGCUACUUCACGCACGCCGCGAAGAAGGACCCGCAAGAGGGGUACCGGACCAUGGUGGAGGGGAACCCCGUGUACAUCCACCCCAGCUCGGCGCUGUUCAACAAGUCGCCGGAGUGGGUGCUGUACCACGAGCUCGUGCUCACGACCAAGGAAUACAUGCGCAACAUCAUGACGAUCGAGCCCAAGUGGCUUGUCGAGCUGGCCCCGCAGUUCUACAAGUCCGCGGACCCCAACAAGAUGACGCGGCAGAAGAGGAUGCAGAAGAUCGAGCCGCUGUACGACAGGUUCAACCCGCCCAACUCGUGGCGCCUCAGCAAGCGCAAGGGGUAGUCGUAGUUUUGGGGCUGCCUACUCGGAGAAAGUAGUAGGUUAUCACGAAAAAAUACCAGGCGGGCAGGGGGCACGCAGACCGUAACCCCGACCUCAACUUCGCCGAUUAUUUACCUUAUCCAAGUACUUUUCUUAAAAUAAGCAAACCUGCGUGGACUGCUGCAGAGGUGGAGGUGGCGUUGUGGCCAGGGGGUUGUCUUCACAUGGUGGUGGUGGUGGUGUGGCGGCAUAGAGAAGACUGGAGCUCUUCUGCGCUGUGGAGGGCCCAGCCGGGGCGAACCGCGGUGCCUCUCCAAGCGCCCAGGGUGUGGUAGUGCGUAGAUUUGCGUGCGCCAACCGGCAGCAGCUCUUUCGCUGUCUCCUCGGCGAAGCGAAUGGAAGGUAUAGCAUCGGUCUGAUGGUGCCGGCCGGCGCAAAUCGCGGUGCCCCCCGCAAGCGUCAAUGGAGUACGUAGCUGUGGGUGUGGUCGAACAUUCUUGACUGAUUGUGUGCGCUACAUAUUAACCGGCAGCAGCUCUUUCGCUAGAAGAUCAACGAGCGGGCUAGAAAAAGUGGAAGGUUUUGUGUUAACGGUUUGAUGAUGUCAUGAUGGUACGGUAAUUUGGUUGUUUCCAACUUUUUGAGCAGAGACGAAGGACUGCUUGGUCAUUGACUCAACGCGACGCGACUUGGGCGGGAAUGCGUGGAUUAUAGACUCAUACAAUGGGAGAGCAUGGUGCUGUCGGCGGAAGGGAUCGGGGGGGGGUGAUCAGCGCCGUCAAAGCGUGUGACUCAUACAAUGGGAGAGCAUGGUGCUGUCGGCGGAAGGGAUCGGGGGGGGGGAUGAUCAGCGCCGUCAAAGCGUGUAGUCAGCUCGCUGGCGUUGUAGCUACCUACAGACAGACGGGUCGUGUCACGAUGUCGGCGCUUGCGCUCAUGUAAACGGAUGCCGUAGUCGUUCGCGCGUUGACCUCGUAUCCCUACGAUGCCGGAGCGGAGCCACUUUUUUUGCAGCCGUGGCGAGCGAAUAUCAAGGAGGCCACAUGUGUGUUCGCUUCAAGUGGUCCUGCAACGAAGACAAAUGGAGGGAGAGUCGCCUGCACGAGAGGGAUGGGGUCAGGUUUCCGCGAGGGGAAAAAGCAGCGAAACUUUAACUUUCCGUUUGGUGACAAAUCGGAAGAGCGAGGGCGCAUCUAUCUAUAGCUGCCCGUAGUUGCCUGUUGUGUUGUUGUAGGGUCGGGGUUGCCAUUGUUGGAGCUCAGGUUUCCGCUAGGUUGGAGCAGCGGGACUUGUCGGUUGUCGACAAUCAAUCAGCGAGGGCGCGUCUUUCAUGUAGACAGCGGUCCGUCGUUGCCUCUUGUAGGGUGGGGAUGGCACAUUCUCGGAAACUUCCACGCGUGGCGUGUCGGUGGACCGAGGUGGGCUGUCGGGUCGAAAAGCUGAUGGUCGUUUUAUGGCUCGAGGUAAAACAAGUGCAUGUGGUACGUGCAAAUCCUGUUCGUAGCAGGCUCAGCGUCAGUCAAAGCGGUGGUGGGGGCCGACAGUCUGCUGCUCCCUACAUGUAGGUUACAAGAGAGUGUAGGCCUAACAGAUUGACAGCAGUAGUUUCAAGGCAGC